GUUGUUAUUUUCAGAAUCAACAGCAGCUACAAGAGUAUACUAAGUAUAAGGUCAUGAGAGAUCAGUGAAAUCACUGCAUUUUGUGGUGAAGCGAGGAGUGUUCUGAACGCCGAAGGGAGCAACGUAGUGCGAGAUCAUCAAUACUAGUUGCUCUCUUGGCUGGAAUGAGCGGGUCAUGUUACAGGAUGUUGUUCUCCGCCUCCCACGGUAAUGAAUGAUGGCAAGUGUUGAGGUACGUUUGAAUGUGCAGCAGACUGCUAAUUGAUUCAAAAAGACACUGAUUGUAUUGGAGAGUAGUUUCCGGAGUAUUAGCUGUACUGUGUACAGAACCACCAUCUACGGACCGGAGUUCUGCACGGUCCCCCGUAGACUGAGAUUACUAGUAUCCUCCACCAGGACAGCGCAUACGAGCAGGCGGUGAUCAUGGACGGCGCUGCUGGACGAGACCAGCCUGAGGGAGUGAGGGGCAUCUUCGCCUCGCUGGACACGAAUUCACUGGGCUACCUGGUACAGGACGAUCUGGCUAUCAUGUGCGAGCAGAUGCAGGUCGAUCCGGGCCAGGUGGAGUUUCUCAUGCAGCUGCUGGACCGCGACGGGGACGGCCAGGUCUGUCAGCAAAGCUGGACGAAACAGAGUCUUUUGGCGUCUACGAUGAUCGACUGUACAUGGUGAAAAGCAGCAGCUCCCCGAUGUCCGUUCCGCGCGACCUCUUCAACAUUCUGCGCCACUGGGGGUUUGACCCGUUCAAGAUCGACUCUAUGGUCGCUUCGCUUCUGAACGACUUUGAUCACCUGUACCGGGUGCAGGACGGCGGGCGUCACUUUCGGAUGGUCGACGAGCUGUUCGACACGGCCACGCCUGACGGCACUUUUCGGCACAUGCGGCGCUCGGACGCCGCGUGGUAGGCGCGCAACCUGUGGGGCCUGUCGGCGGCCACCGUGAGCCAGCUUCUCGGUGCCUUCGCACACGUCAACUACAACCAGGACGGCGACACGCUGAACGCGUGUGUGAUGGCCGUGACCCUGGCCGGUGUGCAGGACGGUCUCUGGGCGGUGGAGGGCGGUAACCAGGAGAUGUGUAGAGGACUGCUUGGUAACGCCGACGUUGCACUGCAUCACCAGGCGGUCACCGCAGUCCAGCGGCUUGACCAGGCGUCGUGGUCGUCCGUCGAGUACCAGGUUAGCGCUGGCUCUGGUGAGGCAGACGUGUUUGAUGCCGUUGUCAUCGCAACGCCAUUGCAGCAUUCCAGGAUUGAGCUGAACGGCUUUCCGCACAGCGCGAGCACAAUGCACCGCGGCGAGUACCAACGCACGGUGGUGACGUUUGUCGUUGGCCAGCCGAGUAACGAGUACUUCGGACUGGAUGCGUCGAGCACGACGUCGUUUCCCACAGCCAUUGCCGUAUCAACUCCAGCCGUGACUCCCUUCAGCUGUAUUGGCAUACCUGGAUCAACCAUACACAAAGAACCGGCACAGAACGAGUCCGUGGAAGAUCUUCUCACCAGAGCCGCUGGACAAUGGCACUUUGGACAAGCUGUUUCGUGCACGACAGCAUGUCACCGUGCGAGAGUUUGCCGCCUUUCCCAAGUACAGCAGCAAACGGGCGGAGUUGCCGUCGUUGUCCUCGAUCAGGCCAUCUUCUACACCAGCCCCAUUGAGUGGGCGGCCAGUGCCAUGGAGAUGAGCGUCAUAUCCGGCCGCAACGCCGCGCUCCUGGCCAACGCGGGCCUCUCGCGGCGCAGCUGCUUGGAAAGUGGACACCGCAGCUCCGACUCUGAGCAGUCAUGCGCAGCCCCACCGGGCGGGUAAUGCCGGUGAAAGUGCUGAAUGCUGGUUCGUUGUUCACACGGGUCAGUGCAUGGCAGUCACCGAUACUCGAUUCCCGACGAGCCAUCUAUGCACCAGGGAAUGCAGUAUAGUAAAACUCCUCAGACCCGGGCAGGUUGGGACCGAGCGCUGCCCACCGUAACUAGGAAUUGCCCGUAUCUCAGAACUUGCAUAGUUACAGCAUGCAAGUAACAUUUUUCCUCUUCUUCGAAUCAAUAGUUUUUGGGACCGUUUUUUGUUGAAGGGUCAAAUUUUGCUUUUUUUUGUUUUGUGCAAAACAAUCGUGGCUCUACUGUAGUGUAGGUCGGUCAGAAAGGUGCCCAGUACAUGGACAUGCCCGGAUCAGGGACGUCCGCAUCUGGGGAGGUUUACUGUACACGCCCUAACACAGCUGCAUUUCAACAAGCUGCCUACAGAAACAAAUGUGCACUGAGUAUCCAUGCACUAAGUGUUGCCUGGAGUUGGCAGAAGAGAUCGGCACAGGCUGGCUGUGCUUUAGCCCCAGGUUAUACUGUGCUCUCAUCAAUGUUCAAGGAUGAAAGUGUUGGAUGCCUGGCUGCAAACUGGUUGGUCCUGAGACCAUCCAUAGCAGAUGAUUCAUGUUGCAAGCUACCACUCCGAUGCUCUGAUUUCUGCGUUCAAACUUUUCUCCUUUCUUCGAAUUGGUGUCAAGGGGAGAAAGUCUCCUGGUAAGAUUCUUAUCUUGAUCUUGUUUUGGAAUUGUCUAAUGGUAGUAAGUUCAUACAGGGGAGCAGCAUCCACUGCUGCUUGCAUACCACAGAGCACUCACUACCUUCAGUCUCGACCUGUAACCCCCCCCCCCCCCGUUCUCAUGUACGUCACUCUCUCUCUCUCUCUCUCUCUCUCUCUCUCUCUCUCUCUCUCUCUCUCUCUCUCUCUCUCUCUCUCACACACACACACACACACACACACACACACACACACACACACACACACACACACACACACA